GUCCACUAGGUGGCGCUGCGUGCUGAGGCUAGAGCUAGUGUCAGUGCUGCUACAUGUGACUUUGACAUCAACAGAGGCACAAUGAGGCUGACCGCUCUCCUGGCGAUGGCAGCCAGGGUUGUUGUGCCCAAAGAUUACCGCUACGGCACCAACAGACCGUGGACACAGGCUGCUAAGAGGCUGAAUCCUCCCGGGCUGAGGAGGAGGAAGGUGUUUGUGGAGCCUGUAGACUGGUCUGUGUUCAAAGGGGACACGGUUGAGAUUCUCGCAGGGAAGGACAAAGGCAAGAUUGGAAAAGUGAUCCAAGUCUUCAGAAAGAGAAACUGGGUUAUAGUGGAGGGCCUGAAUGCACAUUACAGGUAUAUUGGAAAAACUCAGGAUUACCGUGGGACCUAUAUUGUCAGUGAGGCUCCCAUCCUGCUGCGCGAUGUUACACUCAUUGACCCCUCAGACAGGAAGCCCACUGAGGUGGAGUGGAGAUUCACAGAGGAGGGUGAAAGAGUCCGAGUGUCUGUCAGGACGGGCCGAAUCAUCCCGAAACCUGUUGUAGAGCGACGAGAUGGCAUCGUGCCACAGCAGUGGAAAGAUGGUCCGAAAGACACCAGUCCAGAAGACACUCUAGAAAAAACCUUUGUACCGUCUCUAAAAACCCUGGAGGAGGAAGUGAUGGAGAAACUGGGCAUCCAGGAGACCAGAAGGCACCGAAGGUCCUACUGGUACUGACCAGAGAAAUCAGAGACACUCAGGCCCUUUUGUGCUCUCCAGUUUUCACAGGGACUCUCAAGACACCAUGUUUUGGUGGUUGAGCAGAGUGAUGAGUUAAAAGAGACAAUGAGGGUAAGAUGAGUAAGGCUUAUGGACUGUAAAAAAAAAAAAUGGGGCAACAUACGUAUUGUUAGGGAAAUGACAGCUUUGUAAAAAUUUGAGGAGGUGAAACAGACCCAGUACUUCAAAGUUUCCUGACUGGGUACAGUUUCAGUUGUUCUCUCUUGUUUACUGUGGUAUCAUUAUGUUCCUGUCUUUGUUAUUGUGAAUAAAUGUCAAACAUAAAUUAAAAUAA